GCUGUCCCCCGACCUGUCCCUGUCCCCUGUCCCGUUGCAGACCAGGAGCUCCCGGCACUCCCAGGGCUCCCAGCCUGGCCUGGCCGACCAAGCCAAGCUCUCCUUCGCCUCGGCCGAGUCCCUGGAGACCAUGUCGGAGGCGGAGCUGCCGCUGGCCUUCAACAGGAUGAACCGGUUCCGGCAGAGCCUGCCCCUGUCCCGCUCGGCCAGCCAGACCAAGCUGCGCUCCCCAGGGGUGCUGUUCCUGCAGUUUGGGGACGAGACGCGGCGCGUGCACAUCACGCACGAGAUCAGCAGCAUGGACACGCUGCACGCCCUCAUCGUGCACAUGUUCCCCCAGAAGCUCACCAUGGGCAUGCUCAAGUCGCCCAACACCGCCAUCCUCAUCAAGGACGAGUCCCGGAACGUCUUCUACGAGCUGGAGGAUGUCCGAGACAUCCAGGACAGAAGCAUCAUUAAAAUCUACCGGAAAGAGCCGCUCUACGCCUCCUUCCCAGCCUCACACAUCACCAACGGCGACCUGAGGCGGGACAUGGUCUACACCUCCCGGGAAUCCUCUCCCACCCGCCGGCUCAACAACAUCCCCCCAGCCUCGCACCUGGCCUCGGGCUCGCCCCCGCCCGUGCUGCAGUCCUCGUCGCCGUCGCGCUCCCGCAUGUCCUACAGCGGCGGCCGCCCGCCCUCCUACGCCGGCAGCCCCGUGCACCACGGCGAGCGCCUGUCCAGCCUGCCCCCCGCCCCGGGCGUGUCCCCCAGCCCCAGCGCCAUCCUGGAGCGCCGCGACGUCAAGCCGGACGAGGACCUGGCGGGCAAGAACGUGGUGCUGGUGAAGAACGAGGGGCUCUACGCCGAUCCCUACGGGAUGGUGCACGAGGGCCGGCUCAGCAUCACCUCCACGCAGUCGCUGGCGGGCAUGGGGGACCCCUUUGGCUACUCGGGGGGGCUCUACAAGCGGGGCUCGGUGCGCUCGCUCAGCACCUACUCGGCGGCCGCGCUGCAGACGGAGCUGGAGGACAGUUUGUACAAGCCCAACGCGCCCAUCUACAGCGACACGUACGGCCCGGGGCUGGGCUUCCGCAUGCCGCCCUCGUCCCCCCAGAAGAUGGUGGAGCCCGGGCAGAGCCCGCACAGCCCCUACUCGGGCCCGCCCAGCCGCUCCUCGCCCGUCCGCCAGUCCUUCCGCAAGGAUUCCUGCUCCUCCGUCUUCAUGGACAGCCCCGUGGGCAAAACGCGCAACCCCAGCUCCUCCGGGCCCCCCGAGCUGUUCCCCGGCCCCGCAGAGCGGCCGCUCUCGGCCUUCGGAUCGCCCGCGCCCGCCAAGGACACGGAGACCAGGGAGCGGAUGGAGGCCAUGGAGAAGCAGAUCGCCAGCCUGACGGGGCUGGUGCAGAGCGCGCUGCUCCGCGGCUCCGAGGCCGAGACCCCCAGCGAGAAGACAGAAGCCACCAACGGCGGGACCCCCCCGUCAGCGUCCACCAGCCGCAGUGGCAUGGGCACCCCGGUGCCCGCGCCGCCCCCGCCCUCGGCCACCAGCACCCCGGCGGGGCAGCCCACGGCCGUCACCCGCCUGCACAUGCAGCUGCACCUGCACGACCUGCAGCAGAACGCCAGCGACCUCCGCAACCAGCUGCAGCAGCUCAAGAAGCUGCAGCUGCAGAACCAGGAGACGGUGAAGUCGCUGCUGCGGCGCACGGAGACGGAGCUGAGCGUGCGGGUGACGGACACGGUGCGCAAGCACGAGGACCCUCUGCAGCGCCAGCGCAGCUUGGUGGAGGAGGAGCGGCUGCGCUACCUCAACGAGGAGGAGCUCAUCACCCAGCAGCUCAACGACCUGGAGAAGUCCGUGGAGAAGAUCCAGAAGGAUCUGGCCCACAGCCACCGGCCGGUCCCGCCGCAGGAGCUGGAGGAAAAGGCCGUGGUGCUCAAGCAGCUGGGGGAGACCCUGACGGACCUGAAGGCCCAGUUCCCCAGCCUGCAGAGCAAGAUGCGGGUGGUGCUGCGGGUGGAGGUGGAGGCCGUCAAGUUCCUCAAGGAGGAGCCCAACCGCCUGGACGGGCUCCUCAAGCGCUGCAAGACCGUCACCGACACGCUGGCCCAGAUCCGCAGGCAAGUGGACGAGGGCGUGUGGAGCUCGCCCAGCGGCCUGAGCCAGUCGCCCAAGAAGGUGGCCCCGGAGACGGAUUUCAGCAAAGGGCUGGAGCUGGAGAUGCCCACCAGCCCUCCCGUGAGCCUGCACCACCUGACGGGCACCCCCGAGGCCCUGGGCUUCGCCGCCCAGCCCCAGAGCCUCCCCAGCAAGAGCAAUAACCCCUCGCGGGCCCCGGAGAUGGUGCCCGCCAAGACGCAGACGGGGCCCGAGACCCCCAGCAAGAAGAGCGCGGACAAAGCCGUGUCUGUGGAGGCGGCGGAGCGGGACUGGGAGGAGAAGCGGGCGGCGCUGACCCAGUACAGCGCCAAGGACAUCAACCGGCUGCUGGAGGAGACGCAGGCCGAGCUCAUGAAGGCCAUCCCCGACCUGGAAUUCGCCGCCAAGCACAAACAAACCCCGGGCAGCGGCAGCGCCGCCUCCACGCCCGAGCACAAGCCCUCCAAGCCACAGCACACCCCCAAAUCGGGGGGCAAAGGGGACCCCAACGGCCGCCGGGGCUCAGACGAGCUGACGGUGCCGCGCUACCGCACCGAGAAACCCUCCAAGUCGCCGCCGCCUCCCCCGCCGCGCCGCAGCUUCCCCUCGUCGCACGGGCUGACCACCACCCGCAGCGGCGAGGUCGUUGUCACCAGCAAGAAGGAGCCCGGCUUUAUGAAGAAGGCGGAGUCGGAGGAGCUGGAGACGCCCAAGCCGCAGGUGAAGCUGAGGCGGGCGGUGUCCGAGGUGGUCCGGCCCGCCUCCACCCCGCCCAUCAUCGCCUCGGCCGUCAAGGACGACGACGACGAGGACCGGAUCAUCGCCGAGCUGGAGGUGUUUCAGCGGAGCUCUGCCUCCCCUUUCCUCCCCGUGCCCCGCUGUGACCCCCUCGAGGCCGUGUCCCCGGGCCACGCGGAGCCGUGGCCCCUCGGAGCCGCGGUGGCAGCCGAAGGAUGGAAGAGCGGCGGCGUCUCCAUCCCGGCCAUGAAGGUGGUGAAUCCGGCGUCGCGGCUGAAGCAGGGCCAGCAGGGCAGCCCCGACAAGGGCAAGCACAUCAAGCAGCGCAUGGAGUACAUGCGGAUCCAGGGCCAGCAGCAGUGACACGUGGGACCCGCUCUUGUCGCGCUCUUUGUGGUGGCCCUUUUCCAGCUGCUUGACCUCAGGCCUGGCUCAGUGCUGCUUCUGAACGAGCUCCCUUUGCUUCUCGGUUCUUUCUGGGUUUUUCCUGUCCUCGUUUUUGUUGGUUUUUUUCCUCUUUUUUAUUCCUUUCUUUCGUCUUUCUAUUUCUUUAAAGCUUUUCCUUUUUCUUUGGACUUUCCACCCCUUUCUCCUCCUCCUCGUCCUCCUUGAAUCUUGCUUUUCUUUCCAGGCCACUAGACCAUCUAAAGAGGCCAGUGAGACCUCCCCCACGGUCUCAGAAAAACCCGCGGCGGGCAGAACCUCCAUCCCCGUAUUGACUUCCUUUGGGGCCAGGAACUCCUCCAUCUCAUUCUGAGCGCCCCUGCCAGCUCCGCCCGGCCGCGCCUGCCCGGGGGGCUGCUCCUCUUCCUCGGGCUCCUCUUCCUCCCUGGGACUUGGCUUCUCCUUGAGGCGCUCUGGAGGGAAUCCGCCACCCGUGUCCCCUCCUCUUUCUGUUCGAUCCGUGUUUUUGUCGCCUCCGCUCCGCCAAACGAACUUUUGUUGUGUCGCCUGUGCCGCGCCUCGGCCCGACCUCUGUGUCCCCUCCCGCUCCGCCAUGGCCAACCAGCCACUUUCUGUUUCUCUCUCUCUCUUUUUUUUCCUCCUUUUCUCCUUUUUUUCCCUCCCCUUUGGAUCGCUGUUGGUUUGGUCCCCCCCACCCUUUUUCCCCCCUUUUCCCUCCCCUCCUUUUUUGGGUUUUUUUGGUUUUUUUCCUGUUUAUUUAAGAGCUCUCAGAGCUUCCCCCCACCAGCGUCCAGCCAGGAGCAGCUUCCAGCUCCCACCGCGCGGAAAACCGGGAAGCAGCGGCCGCCGAAGACCCCCCCGGAGCGACCCCCGGAGCGACCCCCGGCGCGGCCCCCGAGCGCCCCGGGAGCGGCGGCGGUGUCCCCGCGGGAGGAGAGGACAGCUCCGGCCAGGGCUCGCCGGUGGGUGCCCGGCGGGGCCGAGGGCUCGGGGACCC